CAACCAGCUGACAGUAGAGAGGCUAGAUACACUCUGCAGUCAACCAGCUGACUGUAGAGAGGCUAGAUACACUCUGCAGUCAACCAGCUGACAGUAGAGAGGCUAGAUACACUCUGCAGUCAACCAGCUGACAGUAGAGAGGCUAGAUACACUCUGCAGUCAACCAGCUGACAGUAGAGAGGCUAGAUACAGUCUGCAGUCAACCAGCUGACAGUAGAGAGGCCAUUCAGAUCAUUUUGUUGUCUACAACCAUCCUGAGACCCUUUCUAAGUGAACAAAAAAGCCAGCAGCUGAAAGAGAAAGAGAACUAGAGAGAGAGAGAGACGGAGAACUGCAUCUUCAUUGGGUGAGGAAGACUUCACUAUCCAGCCGGUUGCCAUGAGAUUCCCCAAGCUGCCCAACCCAGGUCUGGAUGACCGGAUCCCGUCUCAUAAGGAGCUGGAGAGGAUGGAGAAAGAGGAGGCUGGGGACAGGCCCAAAUGGGACAACAAGACCCAGUACAUGCUGACCUGUGUGGGCUUCUGUGUGGGGCUGGGGAACGUGUGGAGGUUCCCUUACCUGUGUCAGAGCCAUGGAGGAGGAGCGUUUAUGAUCCCGUUCCUGAUCCUGCUGGUUCUGGAGGGGAUUCCACUGCUGCACCUGGAGUUUGCCAUCGGACAGCGCCUCAGGAGUGGCAGUGUGGGGGUGUGGGGAUCUGUCAACCCUUACCUCACUGGCAUUGGUAUUGCCUCCAUGUUGGUAUCAUUCCUGGUUGGGAUGUACUACAACACCAUCAUGGCCUGGAUCAUGUGGUACCUCUUCAACUCCUUCCAGGACCCUUUGCCUUGGAGUCAGUGUCCCCUCAAUGCAAACAAGACAGGUCUGGUGUCAGAAUGCGCACGGAGCUCCUCAGUGGAUUACUUCUGGUACAGAGAGACACUCAACACCUCUACGGCCAUAGAUUUAUCUGGAGGCCUUCAGUGGUGGAUGGUGCUAGCCCUGGUGUCUGCCUGGACCUUACUCUAUGUCUGCUGUAUCAGGGGGAUUGAGACUACUGGCAAGGCUGUGUACAUAACAUCCACCCUGCCCUACUUGGUGCUCACCAUCUUUCUGAUCAGAGGACUGACUCUCAAAGGUUCUCUGGAUGGAAUCAAGUUCCUCUUCACACCAGACGUGAAUGAGUUGAUGAACCCGUCUACCUGGCUGGAUGCAGGGGCGCAGGUGUUCUACUCUUUCUCCUUGGCCUUUGGAGGUCUCAUCUCAUUCUCCAGCUACAACUCUGUACACAACAACUGUGAACAGGACGCUGUCAUCAUCUCCAUCAUCAACGGAGCCACCUCCGUCUACUCUGCUACCGUCAUCUACUCCAUCAUAGGCUUCAGGGCCACGGAGAAGUUUGACGACUGCUCGGAUGGUAACAUCAUGGCCCUUGUGAAUGCAUUUGAUCUCCCUGAGCACUACUUCACUGUGAACAACUAUGAGGAAGUUCUUCAACAUUUCAACAGCACAUCGCCGGACAUCAUCCAGGGAUUAAACCUGAAGACCUGUGAUCUACAGCAGUUUCUCAGUCAGGGUGUGGAGGGAACUGGUCUGGCCUUCAUCGUGUUCACAGAGGCCAUCACCAAGAUGCCCGUCUCUCCUCUCUGGUCCAUCCUGUUCUUCAUCAUGCUCUUCUGUCUGGGACUGUCCACCAUGUUUGGGAACAUAGAAGGGGUCGUGGUGCCCCUUCAGGAUCUCAACAUCUUCCCCAAGUGGCCCAAAGAAGUCUUAACAGGCGUCACUUGUAUUGUUUGCUUCACGGUCGCUCUCAUAUUCACCCAGCGGUCUGGUAACUACUGGCUGGCUCUGUUCGACGGCUUUGCCGGCUCCAUCCCUCUCCUGGUCAUCGCCUUCUGUGAAAUGGUGUCUGUUGUUUACAUCUACGGGAUAGACAGGUUUAACGCAGACAUAGAGUUCAUGAUUGGACACAAGCCCAACCUGUUCUGGCAGGUGACCUGGAGGUUGGUCAGUCCAGUCAUCAUGCUGGUGAUUUUCAUCUUCUACUUCGUCACCCAGGUCAGCGGGGAGCAGACCUACCUCGUAUGGGACCAGGACUCGGAGGAGUUCCCUACUCUGGCAGACCGUCAGUAUCCCGACUGGAUCUACUUCAUCAUAUUUAUUUUGGCUGGCAUUCCCAGUCUGGCUGUCCCUGGAGUCGCCAUAUUCAAAUUCACCUACAACCGCUGCUGCCAGAAAGACAACGGCUUCAGAGAAGAAGACAGCAUCAACUCUGUCUCUGCUAAAAUACAGAUGAUAGAAAAACCGAUGGACUAAAAGUAACAGGUUCACCUUCAGUUCUGGAUUUCAAUGAAAAGUUGUUUUUACCUUGUUAGCUCGGGGGAUUCGUCCCCGAGGCCGGUAUCGCUGCUGGAGCCGCGCGUCAACGGGGCGGGGGGGGGGGGGGGGGGGCUGUCACGACUUCCACCGAAGUUAUUCCCUCUCCUUGUUCGGGCGGCGUUCGGCGGUCGACGUCACCGGCUCUCUAGCCGCCACCAAUCCAUGUUUCAUGUUUCCUUUUGUUUUGUCUGUUUUACACACCUGGUUCCCAUCUCAUAAUUAUGUUCCUUAUUUAACCCUCUGGUUUCCCUUUCUGUUUUGUGCAUGAUUGUAUUCCGGUGUGUUGUAAUUUGAGUCCUGUUUAGUCCUUGUUUGGAACGGGAUUUUGUUACGUUUUGGAUUGAGUAAAUCAGUGAUUGUUACUCUUAUCUGUGUCCUGCGCCUGACUCCUUCGCUAUCUUUUAGAUAGACUCUUACAGCUGUAACUUAACAAAAUGUGGAAAGAGUCAAGGGGUCUGAAUAUUUUUCCGAAUGCUCUGCAUUUUACUUGCUUUGUAAACAUACAGUGGCUUGCGAAAGUAUUCACCCCCCUUUGGCAUUUUUUCCUAUUUUGUUGCCUUACAACCUGGAAUUAAAUUGGAUAUUUUGGUGGUUUGUAUCAUUUGAUUUACACAACAUGCCUACCAUUUUAAAGUUGUAAAAUACUUUUUUAUUGUGAAGCAAACAAGAAAUAAGACAAAAAAAGAAAGAAAACUUGAGCAUAACUGUCCCCCCUCCCCCAAAGUCAAUACUUUGUAGAGACAUCUUUUGUAAGUCUCUUGGGGUAUGUCUCUAUAAGCUUGGCACAUCUUUCCACAGGGACCUUUGCCCAUCCUUCAAUGCAAAUCUGAUCCAGCUCCUUCAAGUUGGUUGGAUUCUGGUGGUGUACCGUAAUCUUUAAGUCGUACCACAGAUUCUCAAUUGGAUUGAGGUCUGGGCUUUGACUAGGCCUUUCCAAGACAUUUAAGUGUUUUCCCUUAAACCACUUGAGUGUUGCAUUAGCAGUAUGCUUAGGGUCAUUGUUCUGCUGGAAGGUGAACCUCCGUCCCAGUCUCAAAUCUCUUGAAGACUGAAACAGGUUUCCCUCUAUAAUUUCCCUGUAUUUAGAGCCAUCCAUCACUCCUUCAAUUCAGACCAGUUUCCUUGCCGAUGAAGAACGUCCCCAUAGCAUGAUGCUGCCACCACCAUGCUUCACUGUGUUAUUUGGGUGAUGAGAGGUGUUGGGUUUGUGACAGACAAAGCAUUUUCCAAAAAACCUACAUCUGACCAGAGUACCUUCUUCCAUAUGUUUGGGGAGUCUGUGGCUUAAAGUGGUCCUAUGGACAGAUACUCCAGUCUCCGCUGUGGAGCUUUGCAGCUCCUUCAUGGUGAUCUUUGGUCUCUUUGUUGUAUCUCUGAUUAAUGCCUUCCUUGCCUGGUCUGUGAGUUUUGGUGGGCGGCCCUCUCUUGGCAGGUUUGUUGUGGUGCCAUAUUCUCUCCAUUUUUUAACAAUGGAUUUAAUGGUGCUCUGUGGGAUAUUCAAAGUUUCGGAUAUUUUUAUAUAACCCAACCCUGAUCUGAACUUCUGAAUACAUAAACACGCACCACUUUUCCUUUUUUAAUUAUUAAAAAUUUUCUGAAACAA